UGCGCUCCAGACACUCCACGCACCAGAGUGCGCAAGACCGCUGGUGUUAAGGAUAGGCUAAAAUAGUAGACAAUACACAGUAGUGUUUAUUCCUAUGCCACAUUUGGAACGAUAGAAAUCUACAUAUAAUAUAUUCGAACACUUGCAAACUUCAAAGCCCGCGUAAACCAACCGUGGCGCUCAAGUAUCCUCAAACAUGAGCAUCAACUCUGAUGGCGGUGAUAUUCUUGAUGGAGAUAUGCGUCCUGACACUUCAUGACAAAAGAUACCCAACUCUAUUUUCCAGCGUCCGAUUAGCCGUGGUAAAGAAGAGGAGAGAAGAGCGCAGGAUGAAAAGCACUGGUUUACUCCUGGGUUACUUUUUGAUGAAAGUUCUUGUGUGCGACGCGGAUGGAGAACCUGGGAAAAACCUGGAUGGUUUAGCGACGGCGUCCAGGUUCAACGACUCCAGAGACGGGGAAAACGGUCUCUCUGAGACCCCUCACACGGAGGACAGGUGUCGGGGCUAUUAUGAUGUGAUGGGUCAGUGGGAUCCUCCGUUCGUGUGCCGGACGGGUAGCUACCUGUACUGUUGCGGGACCUGUGGCUUCAGGUUCUGCUGCGAGUUUAAAAACUCCAGAUUAGAUCAGACCACAUGCAAAAACUAUGACACCCCGCCAUGGUCUAUGACAGGCCGGCCACCACCGAAGAUGAUGGACCAACACGAUUCGACCAAGGAUAAAACAAAUUUGAUUGUGUAUAUCAUAUGCGGAGUAGUUGCUAUCAUGGCGCUGGUUGGAAUAUUCACCAAACUUGGCUUGGAGAAGGCGCAUCGACCUCAAAGAGAGAACAUGUCCAGAGCACUGGCCCAGGUGAUGCGCCAGACAGCUCCAGGAGAGCAUGUGGAGAGAGAGGAGAACUUGGCGGUGCAUGGACAACACUACGAGAACAUGCAGGCCAGAGCAACAGGAAACAACCUGCAGGGUGCCCAAAUAAACAGUGCCGGACCUGGAUCAUCUAUGAUGCAAGCUAUGACACAAUACCCUGCCCUUGGACAGGUACCUGUAGCCCAGCCCUAUGAGCCAUCUCAAACUGGAAAUGAGCACAACAAGUAUGCUUCACUCAAGGCUGUGGCUGAAAAAGCGAAUGAAAACUUCUACACUAACAGACGGCACCUAGCCGACCUGGCAGCGAAAGGCACUCUUCCCAUGCACUCGGUGAGUCUGGAGCAGGAGCCCACCAACCCUUACAGCCCAGAGUUGCCCUGCCAAAAGCAGAACGGACACAAGUCCAAAACCACCAAGGUCCACAGCUCUCACCCACUGGCUUUUGGCUCGAACACCAUUGCCAACCCCGGCAUGCUGAAGGGCUGGGAGAUGACAGAAACGCUGGGUCGCCGGCACAUGAAUGCCCCCAAGAGACACAGCACCACCAUGGAGCAUGUGAACGAGCUGACGUCCCACAGCCAGCACUACCUGCCACCACAUCCGUACUUUGUCACCAACAGCAAGACUGAGGUGACCGUGUGAACGGAGCCGCAACAUCGGGUUUAUCAAGCCCAGGCCUGAGUGGAUUCCUGGAUCGGAGAAUGAGGAUAAUAAAGGAAGCCUGAUAGAGGAAGAAGUGUGGAUUAGGACCCCGUCCUGCUGGAAGGAUUGACUGAGCGGUCCAGAUCAAGAUCUGCAGGGCUGUAUGUGUGCUGUUUGUCUUUGAGCGGCUGGGCAUGGAACAGGUGUGCCCUGGCCUCAUUGAAUGGGAGAACGUAACAUUGUUCAAAGGAACUCGUUCUGUGUCCAUACUGUCACAAAUGAAUAAUCUGACCUGUAGUGAUGAGUUUAUCACAAGGCCAUCUGUCAAAGUGAUGAGGACACAUUUAAACCCUAAACAAUCAAUGCAAUCAAACGUACCAGAUGGCACAACUGUCAUGAUUCGUAACAACCUGAAAGCGUGCGAGAAAGUCCCUCAAGGUACACUGCCCUGUUUUCUCAUAAUCUUGUACAUAACAGAAUGUUACCAAGGAUGUAAAAUGUCAAAAGCUUCCUCGGAUAAGCAAAAGACAUCGGUCUAGAAGAUUAAAGUUGAUGUGAGGACAAUCAUGUCUCUAGCUCUUCUCAUCUCAACACUCAAGACUUUCCAGAGCGUGUGCACCAAAAACCUCCUGUAGCAAAGUGACACGCUAUACCCUGAAAAACACUGGGCUUGUGCCUUUCCAACAGAUGAUCUCGUUAUAUGAGAGCUCUUGUGCUUUUCAGCGAGCACAUGGUGUUUCUUCAAUAACAAAGAUGCAUACAAUAUAAACAAACCUAUUGUUUACGGCUGUCAUAUUCCAGUAGAAAAUGUUGAUUGUCAUGUGUUCUGAAAUACACCUUUUCCUUUCACUAUGUGUUCACAUAUUGUUUGGCCCUAUCUUUUAGUGCAACUCUAGACUGUAGACAAAGGAAGUAACAUAGGGUUAAUGAUAGACAUUCAUUACUUUUCAAUGUUAGGUUUGAUUAAAAAAAAUGAAUGGUUAAUUCUGAUACUGAACAAGAUGGUUACAACACUGCCAUUGUUGCAUUCCAAGUAUUUUGGGUAUUGAAAACUGAUUCAGUAGUUCCUUUUGUCUUUAGCAACAUAAUGUGAACCAUUUCACUUAGCAUAAAAUGCUGCAUUCAGUGUUUUGUCAUCCACAUUCAAAUUAUCCCAAGUAUCUGGCUGUGAAUAAUGUGGAUCACAUAAAUUUAGAUUGCUGUGAAACAAGUACACUUAAAAUGACCUACAUCAUUUACUCGCCUAAAUCGAGAUGGCAAAUUAGCAGGCUAAUUCAUAGUGAAAAUAAAAAGACAUUUACUUAUCUAGUAGUGCAGAUUUCUGCAGUGUCACACUCACACACACACUUAUUACACAAGUAGGAAACCCAUUCUCAGUUUUAGUAUCGUAAACUUAAGGGGUGGUCGCACUAGAAUUUGUGUUUGUAUUCUGCUGUUUUUAAGUUUGGUGACCUUUGACCUACAAAACUGUGCAGUGGUAUUUGACCAUUAGAGGUCAAACUGACUGACCUGCUGCUAGUGGCACAGAAAUUGCUCACUUUAACUUUAAGGUGAAGGAAUAGUCCAAUCAAAAAUUAAAUUUUGCUGAAAAUGUUCUCAGCCCAGGUCAUCCGAGAUGUAGAGUAGAUGAGUUUGUUCUCCAUCUUAAGAGAUUUGAAGAUGUUUAGCAGUACAUCACUUGCUCACCAAUGGAUUCCCUGCAGUGAAUGGGUGCCAUCAGAAUGAGAGACAAAACAGUCACACAAGUAACUCACACGACUGCAGUGUUUGUGUUUGUAAUCAGGAGAGAAAUAUGCUCUGAUCAAGCACUAUUUAUAAGUGUUCAUAAGAUUUUGAUAUGAGAGGACAAAAGAGGAUGGACUUUUUCACUGAAGGAAGCCUUAUUAUGGUUUAUAGACUCAAACUGUAGCCUUAAGCGACAGAGUACAGUUAAAAUGGUUUAAUGAUGGAUUUGUUUAUGCUUUUAUUAGACAGCUGCAGCUCAUCCAGAACACUGCUGCCAGAAUUCUGACUAGAACCAGAAAAUCUGAGCAUAUCACACCAGUCCUCGGGCCCUACACUGGCUUCUAGUUAUAUUAAGGAUUGAUUUUAAAGUACUUUUACUCAUUUAUAAAUCACUCAAUGGCCUAGGACCUAUAAAGGACCAUUACAUAUAUGCUUGCUGAAUAUAAACCUAACAGAGCACUCAGAUCAUUAGGAUCAAGUCAGUUAGAAAUACCAAGGGUUCACACAAAACAAGGGGAGUCCGCCUUUAGCUAUUUUGCCACCCGCAGUUGGAAUCAGCUUUCAGAAGAGAUCAGAUGUGCUAAAACAUUAGCCACAUUUAAAUCUAGACUUAAAACUCAUUUGUAAAGUACUUUGAGUGACCCUUGUGUAUGAAAUGUGCUAUGUAAAUAAACUUGCUUUGCUUUUCCUUUCACUUUAUAAGACGGUAAAUGAUUGUCUGGAGUAUUGUUUCUUACAUGUGGAUUAUUGUGAUGUUUUUAUCAGCUGUUUUGUCUCUCGGUCUGACGGCACCCAUUCACUGCAGAGGAUCCAUUGGUGAGAAAAUAAUGUAAUGCAAAAUUUCUCUAAAUCUGUUCUGAUGAAGAAACAAACCCAUCUACUUACGGUUGAAACACCUGUGAAAUUUUUUUAAAAAUAAAAUCAAUACAGAGCACAUUGUGCUGUAUUUGAACAGAUUUUUCUUAGAGUGAAAGGCUGCCACAGAGACUGCGACAGCUUCUCAGGACAGCUAUUUAAAUGAUAUCUGUCAGCUAGUAACAUUUAGGUGUUGUAUGUCUUCUACUGCACACUGAAAUGUUUUAAAGCCCAACAAUUAUAAUUGAUCAUCCCCUAAGCCAAUUGAACAAAUAUUAGAGCAGCAAGACAGCUACAAAAGCCGUCUUUUGUAAGUUAAAUUACAUUUAAAUAAUUCCAUAAAUGUAGUGUGACCAGCCAAGCCGCAUAUAAAUAAAACAUUUUAAGAUCUUUAGACCAGUUGGAAUCCAAAUUAUGUUGCAUGUAAAUUUAGGAUUGAUUAUAUAUGAUCAUAAAUAAAAAUCUCUGUCAAGAUUUAAUAACAUAGCAAUAUCAGUAUUGUGUCUAAUUUUGACCUCAGUUGUCCUAAGAAUUCACUCAAAAAAAUAAUAAUACAAGCUCUGCCUCCAGUUUAACUGCUUGUCUUCUUCAUGCCAUUGAAUAAUGUCUUUGUGCGUCACUACCAAACAGCCUGCAACAAACCAGUACUUAAGCCUGACAUACUGGCUACUGGUCUGUCAGUCACUGAGUCCACUCAACAUCUAUUAAACCUGAGUGUCUCACUGCAGGUCACCUCAUGACUCAGAGCGCACUACAGGAUCACUCACCGGGGUGCACUUUUCUUGGAAUUAAAUCUCAUAGUGAAUACCUUUCCCUCUGAAAUCUCCAAACACUGCAGAAAUGGAUUAGCACAGAUAAUGUCAAGAUUCGCCAUGCAGCUAAAAAGACCUGCACAGCUGGAUUCCAGGGCUUUAGUCUGACUGCAUAAUAUAACAUAUGAAAUCGCCAUUGUGAUAUAGAAAUCAGGCAUGAGGGAAAUAAUCUGGGUUAACAAUUGGGAGAGAAUUCACUAAGAAUGAAUUGCACCUACUGAUUAAUUUAUUACCAUUGUUUUAGCACCAAAGGUAAAAACAGUUUGAGCAAUAUAGAAUACAGCAGAGUAAAUACUGCAUGAUUUUAUUUUGUGAAUAUGAAGUAAUCUAUGAUACGCAUUAAGACGCAGUCACACUAUACUUACACAUGCUUGGCCACUCUUGAUUCAAUCAUUUCCAUUCCUACACAUAAACCAAACAGUGAAACAAAUGAGAAAAAGUAUUGUCUUGCAUAUCAGAUUUUGAUUUGGAGAAUAUUGUCUUGCAUAUCAGAUUUUGAUUUGGAGAAAAAUUAAGUUUUGACUUAUAAAUCUGCUUAACAAAACAAAUUCGAAACCAAUAGAAGAUGUAAAUGUUGCAGAAUGAUCUCUUGACUCAUGGUUUGCAUUGUUGCAGGAAAGUGGUGGGCAGUAUAUUUUCACAUUUUGAAUGCAUUAUUAUUAUUAUUAUUAUUAUGUUAUUAUUUACUAAAAACAGAAAAUGUUAAGUGUGACAUAUCCUGCUGUUGCUGAUAUGAAUUUCAGUGUCUGUAUCUUUCACAUGAUCAAACUUAGUGUGAAUGAAUCUUAAUGUACAUAUUAAAUCAGGCCUGUUUGCACAGAAAAUCUAAUAAUUUAAAGCUAAUAUUUAUUUAAACUAUGUACAACUAUGUUUACAAUUGAAUUUCUGAAGUGAAUUCAAGUAAUUUAGAAGUAAUUUAGAAUUUAGGAGAUUUUCCUAACACAGAUUUUGCUUUGGGUUCAAAGUGGUCACGUGAUUUCAACAACAACCUGCUUUAAGCUGGUUUAAACGUGACUUCUACGUGAGCAGUGCUUCAUAAAUCGCUACACUAUUGACAAUAGACAAUGUACCUUUUUGUCUGCAAAGGUUAGCUGAAAUUUCACCAAUGUGACCACACCUAAACUCUUUGCUCAGACAUUUACUGUACAAAUAUCACUUCUAUUUACCAUUAAUGUAGAAAGAUUAUCUUUGUUGCUAUUCACAAUUGGUGCAAACAGUCUGGACCACUUAUGUAACCUAAUACACAAAACAGAACUAUACCAAUGUAUAUAAUACAUGGUUAACCUGGAUUAUGGUUUGUUAGUGAAUAAAGCUUUUGAUGCUAAAAUAACUCACAAAAUAAAUUGGUGCAACUGUUUAGUGAAUUCAUCUCUCAAUGUGUUGAAAUGUAUGAAAUCCCAUGUUACGUUGAGGCUACAUAGGAGGGUCGUCUUAUUACUGAUUUCUGUUUCCACCUCUCAUUGUGCCUUGCUGUUCAUUAACAGUCACUAGGUGUCAUUUUUAUGUUUUCACUCAGUUUCAUGGAUUAUUAGGGUUGGAAAUGAAUGAAUGCUUAGAAAGAACAUACAGAGGUUUUUAUCUUUUGACAUCAGCACAAGGUAUUAGUUAUUAUUUAGAGACGUGACAAGCUAGCACAUAACAGACGCAGUCUUGAACAGUCAGCUGUACAUUACGUCACAAAAGGGCUGAAAAUUAGCAGAACGACUUUAAUGCUGUGAUCAUGAAGUUUAGAUGCUGAGCGAAUGCAUUCUGGCAGAUGUUAUAAAAAGCUGUGCUAAAUGAUAUUGCCCUUUAUUUCAUGUGUUGAAAACCCCCAUAACCCCACUGCAAUUGAUAUUGAUGUUGGUUUGUGUAUUUGCAUCUGUUAACUGGUUCAUUUUAAACACUCAGAUUUUAUAGAAUCUCAUUUUGAAAAGUAAUACCUCAAAUGCUUAUGACAAGUAGUAAGAAAUUCAUUGAUUUAUUUGUAUUUUCUGAUAAUGCUGGUAUACUAUCAAACUCUUUUAUGAAAUGAUAUUUCAUAUCAUAUUCUUCACAUAAAGCCAAAAUAGUUACACAAUAACUUGAUAUACAUAAGUAGUAACAAAGUAGUUGCUGAUGAGACCAAAUCUGUCCAGUUCAGUGAUCCAUAUUGUAAAUCUCGUAGACGAAACACUGGGGAUUGCCCACCAAACUAAUAUCUGCACAAGCUCAAAUUAUACAAUGAAACCUGAGUGUCUUUUAUUGAAGGUUAUUUUGUGAUCCAGGUUUAUUUGAAAAUGUGUCAAUAUAGUAUUCAGUUGGUCAUAAUACUGUGUCUACUUCAUUGGUGAUGCAAGACGAAGCAUCUGGGAAACAGAGCACAUCUUGCAGCUCGCAGAUCACAUUUAAUACACUAGGGUACAUUUUUUAAACAAUGUAUUCUAUGUAACAUUUCUAUGUGGAAGUUGAAAGUUUAAGCACUGUUGUACUGUUCAAAUCACAAAACAUAUUUACAAUAAAUGUCUCCUCUAUA